CAAACAAUCAAAGCGCUAUUGCAGCCACCAAAACCCCUUUCCUUCUUCUUCCAAUGCCCAUCAUAUUACACACCUCGUAUAGCUUCCGCCAUCUUCGACCUCCGCCUUGAUAAAGCGACAUGGCUGAGGGUCUCCUGAAAUGCUCAGCUGAACAAGGGCUGCUCAGGGAGUGUCAUACAAGGAGAGGCUUAGGUUCACUCUCCAGAGGCUAUUGCAGCUGCCUUUGGAGGCCUAUUCUCGACUCUCACAGCACUCUCUAUUCUUCUCACGCCUCUACCUCCUCCUCCUGAACCCAAACUCUUUUGCCAGCCAAAGCCACGAAGAUUCUCAUGUCAGCCACAGACACCAAGUCAGUCAGCAUGGCCGAACCCGCGCCACAGUCGCGAGAGACACCGGCUCGAGGAAGACGGCUCGCGACGCCUGUGGGACACGGUGUGUAUGGGAAGAGGAGCACAAAAGGGCCAUAACUGCCGAGGGGGUGUCUAUCAGGACUCACAACGCACACGUGGAAGAUGAAGACGAAGACGAAGACGACGACAAUGACACCCACAGUGACCGCACGGUAUCCUCGUCAACCAGCACCAGAACCCGCUACAACGCCACGUCGUCCGGAAAGGAGAGGCCAAUCGCCAGACCCAAGCAUUGCAACUCCUCGACGAGAUCUCAUGCGAUGCUCGCUGACAUAUUUGCCGCCAUGGUUAGUCCCAAUGACGAUGAGAAUCUUGCUGCAAUCAGCCAGUUGAUCCCUUGCCUCGGCCCUCAAAUGGUCCAAAGGCUUAUAUGCGCAAUGUCAAGAAUAUGGAAAUCGCGCGCAUGGCCAGCCGGAACGCCGCCCCGAGUGCGUCUCAGGACUCCAAUGCGACAAUCGACUACAACACUACGGCGAAAAACCCCCCAGGCGACGGGCCACGGCAUUCGCUCCUCCGGCGGCGGCUACCCCUGCGGCUCCCAAUGCCAGACUCAACGGGCCCACGGUGUUGAUUCCAUCGGCAGCUAUUCCUUCGCCUCACAAUACCAUACCCGACAUAUGUUCGUCGGCUAUGCUUUCGACAGCGAUGCCUCCGACGGUCGAGUCCAGAGCCGAGACGCGCUCGACGAACAUCCUUUGCCGGCUACUGCUGCAAGAAACCAUCAGCCUUCGGCGGCCAACACCAAACGCGAUACACGCACGAUGAACCGUCCUCGGCGGACUUGGACCCCUACUCGGUGCGACCGGGCGAGCUGUACUUCGAGGAGCUCAUCGCACCGAGGAACAAGCUGUACGUCGCGAUCUCCUUCGACGGCCACAUCUGGGUCGGCCACGAGAGCGUCAAGGACAGCCACCUGCUUGCGCCCUUCCUCAGCCGGCACCCCCGCUGGAUGCGCUUCUGGGCCGAGGGGACGGUGCAGGAUCGGCUGUGUCAACCUGCCACGGACGCCCGUCUACAACAUCCUCGACAUGGCCGUUGACUACAAGGCCAGGCCCAGGUCCCUGGUCGUUCUCGAUGCCGUCUGGCUGAGCGUCAAGGACGUGCAGAACAUGAAGCUCGUGGAGCACGUGACCAACUUGUGCAAGGUGAACCGUGGGUGGAAUAUCAGACAAGAUGGAGGGUGGUUUUCCCCCCCUUUGGUUUGGGGGGAUUGGUGUUGGAUUGAUGCAGGGGUGCAGGGGUGCAGGGGUGCAGGCACAUGAUAAUGUUCUACUGGCGGUUGUUGUUGUUGGUGUUGUAUUUUCUCUUUCUGGCGUUCAUGGCUUUCUGGUCGAAUUGUCCGUGAUUCUUAUCCGCGUCAUCGUGCCAUGGGGUCUCCUCCGCGGAAGAAGUCCGCGCGCCUUUCCAAACCGUCGGGACUGGCUGUGUUUGAAAGAAAUCGAAGUUCUGCUAUGACCUGCUGCUGUGUGACCUGGCGACCCCCCGCUUCCCCAGUCAUUCUGCGCUUCCUUCCCGAUCAACUAGCUAGCUGACUAUCUGGUUCGGACCGUCGCGGCUGCCGCGGCCCUGGGGUAAGCGCCAAGACAAAACUAUGUGGGGGUUUAGCGAAAAACUUAAAAAGCACGCCGUCGUGCUCUGGCGACGAUCAUCCGGGGGAGGGACGGGGGCGGAGUCUGGGGAACUCCCCUACGCGCCGGUCAUCUUGGGGACAGGACGGCCAACCACCAACCAAGUCGCUGGCGUGAGAAUAGCGUGUGGUCAGUGAGGAGAUGGAAGGAGGUAUCCAAAGAUAUUAUUAUUGGCAUUGAGUACCGUUCCAUGUAACCAAACUAUAUAUACAUGCCAGCUGGAGCCAUUCGCGGGUUGCCAGAUUCCC